AUACGAUUGAAGUCCUUGACUGCAGGUGAGCUUUAUUGUAUUUACAUAUUAUCAACCCUACAACCCAAACGUGCGGUAUUCGUGCCGGCCUCGAUUACACAUCUUACAGAUUCGCACAUAGAUAUUCAAAAAUGUCAUUCUGGGAUAAGUUGACAGGGCGAAAGCCAUCAUCAAAGGAAACUUCUAGUGGCGGAUCAACCUUGAAUACCCCAACCGACACAUUCGCACCUACACCUUUCAACCCUCAAGAAGGCCAAGAUGUCAACUCUUUUCUUACAGGACCAGAGCUCAUAGAUCCAUCACAACUUCAUCCUUUGGCUGGUUUAAACCAACAGGCUUUAGACUAUCUAUCCCUCGAGGAAUCUACUCUCUCUGAUCUUCCAGGAUCGCAAUCUGCUUUACCCUCGAGAGGUUGGUCGGACGAUUUAUGUUAUGGUACCGGUGUUACAUAUUUGACGGCAUUGACUGUGGGAGGUGCUUGGGGAUUACAGGAGGGUUUGAGGAGGUCUGCGACACAACCACCAAAGUUACGAUUGAACUCGGUGCUGAACGCUGUUACGAGGCGAGGACCAUUCUUGGGCAACUCCGCAGGCGUGAUUGCGAUGGUCUACAACGGUUUCAAUUCUUUUAUCGGACAUAUGAGGGGCAGGCAUGACUCGGCGAACAGCGUUCUUGCGGGUGCGCUGAGUGGGAUGAUCUUUAAAAGUACAAGGGGAGUUCGACCUAUGAUGAUUUCUGGUGGGAUCGUGGCUUCUGUAGCCGGCGCAUGGGCAGUAAGUAGAUAUUGGGCCUGUAUGCUAUUUCGACAUGAAUUUACUAACAAUACUCUCCAGGUAGCAAGAAAAGCAGUAUUUUAAAUGACGAAAAUAACGAUAAAAAUUCUUCCUUCCAUCACGAAAUAGCGGCCUUCUUAUGAUUUCAAGAUCCGCAGGCCAGCGAACAUUCCCCAUUGCUCUAAACAGUAUAAGCUUUCUUCAGCGCAUUAGCAUUCAUUGUAUUGUGCUUUGUCAUUAUAAUAGAUUUUGUUAUUGGCGCGGGUUGCAUAAGCGGGUUUAUCUCUCCUCUUUCCCCAAGGUGGGCAAUGUACAUAUAGAUGGGACAGGUACUAUAUGUGUGCCAAGUUGGUUUGGACACUGUAGUAUCAGGAGUAAUUCAGAGUCUUUGAAACUAAGUUUGGUCCUUGAAUUCUGGAGAAUAUCGUAGG